CGAGUAAGAUCAGUAACAGUACACGAACUGGGUGCUUGGCUCUCAUAUAAGAGCAUUGAUGGGAUACGUGCAAUCCCCCUCAACCAACAACCUACUCAUCGCCCCCACCGUGUCUUCAGAAUCAGUGCUCAUUCGAAUAUUCUUCCUAACUCACUAUCGCCACUAGUACGGUAGUGGCGAUAGUGAGUUAAGAAGAACAUUCAAGCGAGCACUGAGUACUGAUUCUCGAUCAUUGACAUAGUGACUAUGUCAAUGAUCGACACCAUGUCCACGACGCACGUAGAUCCCGCCUCCCUAGACCUUAUGUUCCCUCAAGAGCUCAUUUCACUUGAAGUUUCAGCGCAACUUCCUUCUGACUUGCAGAUACGUCCGCUUGCAUCGACAGACUACAAACGCGGAUAUCUCGAUGUCCUUUCCGUUCUAACUGUCGUCAACGAUCUCGGCGAGGAAGUAUGGGUCAACCAGUUCCACGCCAUGCGCGCAACCCCGAGCGCACACUUCUCCAUCGUCGUCCUCGACAAGGCGAGCGACAAGAUCGUCGGAAUAGGCACUGUCUUCAUUCAUUGCAAGUUCCUCCUCGGUUUUGGCAGCGUCGGUCAUAUUGAGGAUAUCGCCGUCGCCAAAAGCCACCAGCGCAAGAAGCUUGGCUUCCUUAUCGUCCAGGCCCUCACACAUAUAAGUGAGAGCAGCGGGUGCUAUAAGACCAGGUUGGGCUGUAUUGAUACUACCAUGCCCUUCUACCAAAAAUGUGGCUAUGCCAAGAUGGCGAACGAGAUGGUAAAGUACUCACCAGAACAUGUCAAUCACGCAUCGAUGAAGCUUUGACUUGUCAUCUUAUCCUACACUCGUAUAUGCCAUCGUUAGUAUUCUAAAUUUGACCGGUCAUUCUGUACAAGUACCUUGUACACACCUGUAUUAUCGGUUUUAUUGCCAACAAAUUGUAUGAUUGACAACUCUACUUCGAGAGUCAAGUGAGCAUCGAAAUGC